GCGUCGCUUCUCCCGCCUCCGCGCCUCUACGCUCCGCAUUCCUUCCGCGCCCGCCUCUUUUUUCCCAACGCGCGCCUCCGCUUCUCCCCCGCCGGGCGCACAUCGGCGAGCAGGGAAGAGUGGGGCUGGGGGCGGCGGGGAAGAGGGUGAAUGGCGUGCGGGCAGAGGCGCAACCAGAGAAGCCAGAGGGGAGGCCGCCCUUCGGCUACACGCGGCUGGACGUGAUUCUCAUCGGCGUCGGCAUCACCGUCGCUGGUGUCGCCCUCAAGUACGGCCUCGAGUUGGCGGGGUUUGACUCGUUCCAGUCGGGCAGCGUGGUGCAGCUGGUGCUGGUGUUGGGGCUGUGCUUGGUGUGGGCGGCCAGCUAUGUGUGGCGAGUGGGCAACAAGGAGAUGACGUAUGUGAAGCAGCUCAAGGACUAUGAGGACGCUGUCAUGAAGGUCCGUCAUUCCACCGCUCCUCUGCAUGCCGCUGCACACUCAUCCCAUCACCCAUUCCCUAUUUCCCAUCACCCAUCCCAUCACCCAUUCCCAUCACCAUCACCCAUCCCAUCACCCAUUCCCAUCACCCAUUCUCAUCACCCAUUCCCAUCACCCAUCCCAUCACCCAUUCCCAUCACCCAUUCUCAUCACCCAUUCCCAUCACCCAUCCCAUCACCCAUUCCCAUCACCCAUCCCAUCACCCAUUCCCAUCACCCAUUUCCAUCACCCAUUCCCAUCACCCAUCCCAUCACCCAUUCUCAUCACCCAUACCCAACCUCAUUGAUUCACCCUUAUCAAUGA